GACUGGUGACACCAUUAAUUUGACCACCAGUGUGUAUGUGUGUUAAUUAUAAUAUUAUAUUUCUUUAUUACCUAUUUUACAUCUUGCUGUAUGUGGUCUAUAUGAUUUGUGAUGUUUAUUUCUGCUUAGAUCCUUCUUACUAACUACUGCUUCUGAAACAACUCAAUGUUCUAAAUUCAUAUACUGUUAUAUAAAAUAAUCAAAUUAGGCAUUUUCUUUCUUUUUCAUAACAACAAACACAUGUCAUAAUAAACAGCAGAAACGUUAAGUAUUCUACAGAUUCAGUGGUAUUCUCUCUUUUUUUUUCUCCUCCCUCCCACCAGACAAUGUGGCCUGUGUGGUUCCCUCGGAGUGUAAGCGGAUUUGCGGAGUGAUGGUGGGCUGUUCAAAUAUAGCCUACCCCAAACUAGUAGUGGAGCUGAUGCCAGUCGAGCCCUCGGCCUGGAAAAAGCUGGGUCUCUGGUUGUGUGGCCUGUCCAACAGGCCCCAGCCAGAGAUGAGUGUGGAGAAGAGAGCAGAGCAGGAGAAGAAGCUCACCUGCAUUGAGGAGCAACCGUUCUGGAGAAACUUCUGCAACAUCAACGCUCUCCUGCUGCUCACUGUGAACGUGUUCCUCUGAGAUUACUUCUCAUGAGCAUCACUGAAGAGGUGUAGAUACUGUAUACACACACACACACACAUCACUGCAGAGAGAGGUGUAGAUACUGUAUCUAUACACACAUAUCCCUGCAGUGAGAGGUGUAGAUACUGUAUACACACACACACAUCCACACACACAUAUUCCUGCAGAGAGAGGUGUA